AUGACCAAAGAAACAAAAUGGAAAUAUAGAAAAAUUGAAAAAAGACUGGGAUGUGGUGUCUGGAUCAACAAACAACUGAAACAAAUGAAUAACGAGAUUUCAAAUAGCAAAAAGUUAGUUCGUGAACGGUUCAGUGGCAGUCAGAUCAGAUCUACAAAGAAGAAAUUAGUUGAUAUGGGGUAUUGUUGGUCAGGUACCCUAAUACCAUGUACACAAGGUAUCAGGUAUGUAGUACUCCCAAUACACCUUCGAGUGCAUGAUAAGUUUGUACUGACACUUGUUGAAUUGAAGAAGAAAUACGUGUACUGUACAUGUGUAUGUAUUCUGACGUAA